AUGGUUAAACAAAUCUAUGAUUACUUGAGAGGGGAAAAACCUAAACCUGUGUGGAAAUGUCUAAUGUUCAAGAAUACAGAAAGGCCAAAAGCUAUCUUUACUCUAUGGAUACUGAUGUAUAGAAAGCUAGCAACAGUGGAUAGGCUUGCUAAAUGGGGGUUAACACAUGAUACAGCUUGUGUACUGUGUACAAAUAUGGAUGAAAGUCUGGACCACAUGUUCUUACAGUGUCACUAUGUAGGGGAAGUAUGGGAAAGAGUAUUAGCAUGGGAUGGUCUCCACAACAACAGAGCAAAGACAUGGACACAGUUUGUGCAUUGGGUUAUACAACAUGGGAAAAGGAAGACUACAAGAGCUCAAUUAUUCAAGAUGAUAUUAGCUGAAAUUGUGUAUGCUGUUUGA